AUUUCUUUUCCUUCUUUACGUUUCGUUCCUCAGGCACGGAGAGAGAGAGAGAGAGUGCGAGCAAAGCAAAGAAAAUCAGUCAACUUACGCUCACUGGACGAUCGGACCGUGACCGAAUCUUUAACCCUAAUUUUCCCAUGGAACCCGACCUGCCGCCGCUCGCCUCCAUAAAAGUCAAGUCCUCCUCCCCGCGCUUCCCUCCCUCCACCGCCAACCCCCCAUCCGACACCCCCACCGCCAACGCCCAGCGCCGGAUCGGCAUCGCCGUCGACCUCUCCGACGAGUCCGCCUUCGCCGUCAAGUGGGCCGUCCACCACUACCUCCGCCCCGGCGACGCCGUCAUCCUGCUCCACGUCCGCCCCACCUCCGUCCUCUACGGCGCCGACUGGGGCGCCGCCGACCUCUCCAUCACCGACCAGGAGUCGCAACAGAAACUCGAGGACGAGUUCGACACCUUCACCGUCACCAAAUCCGCCGAUCUGGCCCAGCCCUUGGUGGACGAGCACAUACCGUAUAAGAUCCAUAUCGUGAAGGACCAUGACAUGAAGGAGAGGCUGUGCUUGGAGGUGGAGAGGCUGGGACUGAGCGCGGUGAUCAUGGGGAGCCGAGGGUUUGGAGCUAGGAAGAGAGGGAGUAAUGGGAGGCUUGGGAGUGUGAGUGAUUACUGUGUGAGGCAUUGUGUGUGUCCCGUCGUGGUGGUUAGGUUUCCUGAUGAAGAGAAGGAUGGGGGUGGGGUCGAGACCGUGGCGGAGGUCAGGGAGGAGGAGGAGAUGGAGUAUCAUGAUGCCGCUGACGGCCGGAAAGAUACCUAGCUGGAACUGGACUUGUUGCCGGUGCUGCUGGAUUUCCACAUCUGCAGGUAUGGUAUGAUACCUUUUUUCCUGGUGUUCACCCGUUUUGAGGUCACUAAAAUUUCUUCGUCUUGGGGAAACACUAUCGUGGUUGGCAUCAUGUUGUAGCUUCUUCUUUUUUUCCAACCUUUCCUGUCCAGUCCAUGGCGCUGUUACUUCUGAUAACAAUGAAUACCUGACAUUUGCUUUUGCUUUUUCUUCUGAUGCUGUAGGAACUGUAGAAGGCAUUCGAGUUACGAAAUUAAGCUUAGUGGUCUUUGAGUCAAUUAGAUGUUAUUGUCGGGGCUGGAUCAUGACAUGUAAAUGAACUGCUUGUGUUAACGGACUAGUUGUGUGCUUUGAUGAGUUUAUCCAACUUUCUGAUACAUAAAACUCAGCUUUUGCUUGUUUUAUGCUGAACUUAUAAUUCAGCCUGCAAUCAACCUUCAGUAGUUUGUUGUAUUAUGCUGUUUGGUAUGUUCCUCGAUUCUGUUAUAAAACCUGAUCUUUUAAGGUUAAAAAACAUACUUCAACGCGAUUCGUAAUAAUAUUAUUCGUGUUUGUUGCCUUUA